AUGAACUCUCAAAGCCAAAACGAUGUGUCGCCCGAGGCGAUGCAGGCGCGCAUCCAGCAAGCGCGACGCGAGGCUGAGACACUCAAGGAUAGGAUCAAGCGGAAGAAGGAUGAGCUCGCCGACACAACUCUCCGCACCGUUGCCCAGCAGGCCCACGAGCCGAUCCCCAAGAACCAGCUGAUGAAGGCAAAGCGCACGCUCAAGGGUCACUUGGCCAAGAUUUACGCCAUGCACUGGUCGACCGACAGAAGACAUCUCGUCUCCGCUUCGCAAGACGGAAAGCUCAUCAUCUGGGAUGCCUACACGACGAACAAGGUCCACGCGAUUCCCCUACGCUCCUCCUGGGUCAUGACCUGCGCCUACGCCCCCAGCGGUAACUACGUGGCUUGCGGUGGUCUCGACAACAUUUGCUCCAUCUACAACCUCAACCAACAGAGAGAGGGUCCUACGCGCGUCGCGAGGGAGUUGUCUGGCCAUGCCGGAUACCUAUCGUGCUGUCGAUUCAUCAACGAUCGGAGUAUCCUUACCUCAUCAGGUGAUAUGACUUGCAUGAAGUGGGAUAUCGAAACGGGUCAAAAGGUCAUCGAAUUCGCCGACCAUCUCGGCGAUGUCAUGAGCAUCAGCCUCAACCCGACCAACUCCAACACAUUCAUUUCCGGUGCUUGCGACGCCUUUGCUAAGCUGUGGGAUAUUCGUGCCGGCAAGGCCGUCCAGACAUUCGCUGGCCACGAGUCCGACAUCAACGCCAUCCAGUUCUUCCCGGACGGCCACUCCUUCGUUACCGGCUCCGACGACGCGACCUGCCGACUUUUCGACAUUCGUGCCGACCGAGAAUUGAACCUUUACGGCUCGGAAUCUAUCCUGUGCGGCAUCACCUCCGUGGCGACCUCGGUUUCUGGGCGGUUGUUGUUUGCUGGCUAUGAUGACUUUGAGUGCAAGGUUUGGGACGUAACACGCGGUGAAAAGGUUGGCUCGCUCGUCGGCCACGAAAACAGAGUCAGCUGCUUGGGCGUUAGCAACGACGGCAUCAGCCUGUGCACAGGAUCCUGGGAUUCUCUCCUGAAAAUCUGGGCAUACUAA